AGACAUAUCAGGCAGCGGCUAACUGCGGCUAGCCGUGUGUGCUAGAAGAGACAGGGAGCGACACAGGGACGCAGGGACAGGCCAGGCUGCUCAGCUCAGGGCUCCGUGCAUCACCUAGUCAUGGAGUAGCCACACAGACACGUUUCUCACAUUUACUCGAGCAAUUUCCACACCGCAUCCCCGUAUGAGAGACUGUUACUGCCGUUACGAACGAGGGCUGAGUGCGUCUGGAGCGAGCAAGGUCUGACCAUAUCACUGUGACCUCGGAUUUGUCACCAGUUCUCAUAGGAAGCUCCAUUCGAAGAUCAUCAUGAGUUCCCACGAGUCCAGCAUGAACACCCUUUCCCCGGAGAUGCCCGCCAUGUUCGACGGCAUGAAGCUGGCAGCGGUUGCCACGGUGCUGUACGUGAUGGUGCGCUGCCUCAACUUGAAGAGCCCCACCGCACCACCAGACCUUACCUUCCAGGACACGCCCCUCAAUCGCUUCCUCCUCAAGUCCUGCCCCCAGCUCACCAAAGAGUACAUCCCCCCUCUGCUGUGGGGCAAGAGUGGGCAUUUGCAGACUGCGCUGUACGGGAAGCUGGGCCGGGUCAGCUCUCCUCACCCGUGUGGAGUCAGGAAGUACCUCCCCAUGCAGGACGGAGCCACCGCCACCUUUGACCUGUUCGAGCCCCUUGGAGAUCACCAGACAGGAGAGGACAUCACCAUGGUGAUAUGCCCUGGUAUAGGAAACCACAGUGAGAAGCAUUACAUCCGCACCUUUGUGGAUCACUCCCAGAAAGAGGGCUACCGCUGUGCAGUGCUCAACCACCUAGGAGCGCUGCCCAACAUCGAGCUCACAUCUCCACGCAUGUUUACCUACGGGUGCACGUGGGAGUUCUCUGCUAUGGUGGGCUACAUAAAGCGGGCCUACCCUCACACCAAGCUCAUUGUGGUGGGCUUCAGUCUGGGUGGGAACAUUGUGUGCAAGUUUCUGGGAGAGAGCAGGACCAAUCAGGAGCGAGUGCUGUGCUGUGUCAGUGUGUGCCAAGGCUACAGUGCCCUCAGGGCUCAGGAAACUUUCCUGCAGUGGGACCAUUUCAGACGCUUCUACAACUUCCUCAUGGCUGACAACAUGAAGAAGAUCAUUCUGUCACACAGGCACAGUCUGUUCGGAGGUGCCUCACUCAAGCCCAUAGAAGCAGACCUGAGCCGUCUGUACACAGCCACCUCCCUCAUGCAGAUCGAUGACAACAUCAUGAGGAAGUUCCAUGGCCACCGUUCUCUGAAAGAGUACUACGAGAAGGAGAGCUGCGUGCACUUUAUCCACAAUGUGAAUGUGCCUCUGCUGCUGGUGAACUCUGCAGAUGACCCUCUGGUGCACGACUCUCUGCUCAACAUCCCCCGCACUCUAGCAGCCAAGAAGCCCAACGUCAUCUUCGCGCUGACGCUCCAUGGCGGCCAUCUCGGCUUCUUCGAGGGUGCCGUGCUUUUCCCACAGCCGCUCACCUGGAUGGACAAGGUCAUUGUGGGCUACGCUAACGCUAUGAGCCAGUGGGAGAAGCAGAAACCACAGUGCCAAAGCAGCCCACAGAGCCAGGGCGGGGCGUGCCUGGAGCAGAAAGCAUAGCGCCCCCACCAGGAGAACCAAUCCUGAACAACUGUUCCUCUCUCGGACCUGCCUUCUUCUGGUGCUGCCCUCUCCUGGUCCACUCAUGCCUUUACACUUCGCAGUAUACAAACUACGACUAAAGCCAGUUUGAACAAGUCCGUCAGUGGAGAUUUUCAUAUGCUGAGAGGUGGACUUGAAUAAUUAAGAGCACAAGAUCUUCCAGGAAGUGAAGAAAGUGCUACCUACGCCAAGGCCCUAUCUUCUGGUUGUCGUCUGCUGUCUUCUAAGCGGCCAAAAAUGAAUAUCUUUUGGUUAAAAUGAUGAAUUUUACAUAUGAAUCUUGAGUUCAGUAGGAUUGACUAGUUGCAGACCUAGAUUAGUUUUCAGGUAUUUCUGAUUUGACUUUUUUUAAUACAUUUCAAGAUACAUUAUUUGCCAGUGAAGUCAGAACAUUGUUCCAGAUUUAUUAAACCUUUUUCAAGGCAAUCUGGAAUAUCCCAAAACAAGUUAAAGGCACUGUACCUGAUUUUUACUGUCUUUAAAAUGUGAAAACUGGACUUAUUCAUUUUGAAUGGUUUGCAGUGGUCCAAAGUUCCUCACUUACCUAAUGCAUUGUGAGCAUCCUAAUUAUUCACUGACAUGAGCUUUAUUAAAACUUUUCACAACUCUCAUAGAUCAGAGUUUAGCCUUGAUGGCAAAGCUAACUACUAGCAUACUAAAGUGCACUUCCUGACAACUGUACAAUAAAACUCUGGAUAAUUAGACACACAAACAGUGCACAGGCGACUUAUAUUAACCUCAAGAGCUGCUUAUACAAAAUACUGCCUUUUAGUUGUACAUCAUGCACACAAUUAAAUAUAAUCUACAAUAUAUAAUCUAUAAUCUACUCAAACUACUGAAAUCCAGAUUCAUAUUUUGAGUUCAAAUCAUUUAAAUCAAAAUUAGAUAUUGACUUUUUGCUGUGUCUUCUGUGUAAAAGUGUGACUUAGUGUAGCUGUGUGUUCUGGCCUUGUGUUGUUUGGGUUCCUCAGUGCAGUCUGUGCUUUUGACUGUAAUACAUGUGCAGUAGUGCUGUAGUGCUUUUCCACGUACUGUAGGUCUGUUGCGUAACGACUGGCCGUACUUGAAAUGGUGUGAACCUCUGGCCGGGGCUGGGCCUGACCACAUUCCCAUGGGCUGUGUCAGAGCACUUUCCACCUGUCUGUGGCAGCAGUGCAGAUAAAUUAUCAGUGGUUUGUACGAGGAGAAGAGGAGAGGUUAUGCAAAUGCAUCGCACCAUUUGGAGUCUUGGCUGUGAGUGGCUUUGGUGACUAAUGGUAUUUUCUCGUGUAUGAGCUCAAAACACGUGACUACAACGUGACAGAGCUGUUAUAGACUGAAAACUCUGCUUAAUCUUUAGUUUCUACCUGGCAUCUAAAAAAAAGUACUGAUUAACAGAUUGGGAUCAGAUACAGUUGACCUGCACCUUUCUCUCCUUGAUGUUUCCAAGCCCAUGAGUUGUGGAAAUUUUAGUGGGGCGAGUUAGCAACAGAGGAGAAACUGUUUUAAUAAUCUGAGCUAAAAAAAAAAAAAAAAAAAAGGCUCCAUGGAUAAAAAUUUGGCCAAAAAGCAAAGAAACACAUUAGUCUGUUGCGCUGCCCUUUGGUCUGCCUCAGCACCACUCAGUUCAAAUAUUCAGAGGCAUUUUCUGAACCGAAUGUCAGUGCAUAACCUCUAACGCCGAGGGAGAGAUGUAGACUUGGUGUGACUCCAUUGGUCCCUGUGGUUUGUAGUGGCGUCGGUGUGCUCUGAGUGUGCCUGUGAUCAGCUGGAGGUCUGGUCCACCAUUUUACUUUGUGGUGUAAAAGUAUGGAAAAGAUCAACAUCAGUGUUCAGGGUUAGGGUUUUAUCUUGGGUUUCAAAGUGAAAUAAAUAAGAAUAUUUAUAAAUAAGAGCAUUUACUGACACCUGGCAGAGAGUCCCAUCUUUUGAAAAAAUAUAAAGUUUUAAAUGAAAUAAAUGAAUAAAAUAACACGCAGUAGAAAUCAUUUGAAGUGUGUGAACCAGACUGACUGAGCUGUGAGGCCUGUGAGCCACUGAUUCCACAUCUUUGACAUUGUAUUAUGAGAGAGACAUGUCCUUCUGUCCUCCCAAGGCGUCCUCCUGGAGCAGCCUUGUGGGGCAGCCUCCUGAUGGGGUUAUGCUGGGGGGGCCACGCUGGUCCAUCCUCUUGUGUGUUGUUGUAAGGGCUUGGGAGGAGACACUGUGGGCUGUGAAAGCAUAAGGGACGACAGCAAUGGACCACCAGACCUGAAACAGAGCCAAAAACAUGGAAAAUGGUGAUCUGAUUGAGAAUGCACCUGGGACAAUAAGACAUGUUCAUGACCUCGAAUGCCUUACGUGUUUAACCAGUGUUUGUGUAAAUCAGGACAACAAUAUCAAACAUAUCUAAAGCACUAAAGCUAUUCUAACGCCUCACAACUGUUCAGGGGCUCAUGUUCUGCUUCUAAUAUGCAGUAACCCGCCUUUCUGUCACACUAAGAACGGUUCUCAAAUAGGCUGUGUUCACGUUCUACAGUUUGAUGAUGUCAUAGUUUCAGAUUGAGGGAGGGGCCUAUAUAACCCUAUGAGAGAUUCACUGUUUAUGAAGGAAAUCUCCAAACUUAAGAUUUACAAAUGUUGAAACUAAUUUUGAUUUAGGAAUUGGCUCCACAAACCUGUCAUAUUUCUUUUCUGGAUUAAACUUCUUUCAGUUCACGACAAUCACGUCUUUGGUGAGGAAUAAUAGCACCACUUUCUGAAGAUGCUGUUAAAUUUAAAUUUCACACUCUUUCCUUGGUAAACUUACAGCGGGAGCAUCUCAGGAUGGAUCUUCAUUCACUCUAGAAUUCUGAGCCAUCCUCCAGCUCAGUUAAAACUAGAGGGUUUCUAGAAUGUUGUGCUGUCACGUCAAAGCAGCCUGUUCCGUUCUGAGUUGUGGCGUUGUCUUUGCGUGGCGUUACCCGUGUGCAGGCCAAGCUACAUGUCUUCUUGUGUCGUCCUACACUGUUCUAAACUCUGUGGUGCCAUCUGCUGUCAGGGAAACCUCACUUCAAGUGCCAGUCCUGAGGCCCACAUGCUCACAGUCAGGGGCCCCUCACAGUAUUCAGGAGUCCUUCACAGCUCAUAGUAUAGUACAGGGGCCCCUCACAGUUCAUAUAGUACAGUCCAGACCGGGCCCCAAGCCUAGGCCCCUGUCACCAGCAUCAGCGUGCAGCCAGGCCACAGGAACCACUAAUGUUGAUCAUAUUUUUGCCUCCCUUUUUUGCACAGUUUUGUCGAACUGGAUGUAAGUUGUUUUUUUUCAUUGUAUUAUUUUGUAUGCCAUUUUUAUUAUUACUUAUUUUAAUAUCUGAAGACGGGAGGGACUGACCAAAAAUCUAUGUAAAGAAAUGUUCUAUUGUUAAAUAAAGCUAUAAUAGAUCUAGAGAUGUAACUAUGUAAAGGGACCAGGGGGACACAUUCAGGCAAUAAGACAUCACUAUUUGAACAAUCCCAUAAUGCAGAGUUUUGUCAUCUUGGACUUUUUCAGCCGAGCUUUUUUCAUGUGCCCGUAUCUCUCCAAAUCCAGUGGUGUCGUAACUUUUUUCAUUUUUUACAACACUUUUUAUUGUUGUAAAUCAUUUCACUUUAUUAUUUGCAGUAUUUAUUGGUUUAAUUUGCUGUUUAGUUCAGAUGUUCAGAUGUAUUCAAGCUCACGUGCUCUCGUUCACCGGCGUUGAUCGGUGCUUUUGUUAAAGAUGAAUAUAUGUGGGAAAUAUGGUUAUUGUUGAAAAAUAAAUUAUUUUCUCAAAAGAA